AUGCAGCAUUAUAUAUGCGCAUCUUUGGAAAUACAAGACGACGUGUACAAGUGUUAUUAUGAUUCUAUGGUCAUAAUAACGAGUCAAAUGCUUGAAGAGGUGUCUAAUUCGUCUUUAUAUACUAUGGGAGACGACGAGGUAGACGACGAGGGUAGAUUGAGUUCACUUCAUAUAACGCGGAGUUUGGGGCUAGACCUGAUUUCGCAGUCAUCUGAAAAAAGGGUGAAUAACCUACCUCAACAAUCAAGAGGCUUGCGGCUAGUAAUCUCUGGACGAACGUCCUUGAUACCAACCAUUGCAGCUGAUUGUUCGUCAGUCAUGUUCUUUGACUUGGGUUCUCUUGCGAGUCAAACAAUCCAAGAAAAAAACGGAGUACUGGAACAGCUACGGCAAAAGGAAAAACAACAACAUGGCGACAUCUACGCUACCGACAAAUCCAAACCGAAAAUGCGACAUCCCAGAUUUGAUAACUCGACAACUGAUUUUCAAAAGUGCGCACAGAUUUCGAAAAAUGCGACAAGCCUAUGGAAACAAAUUAAGAAGGUAAGAGAAAUGAACUAUCGUUUUCACAUAAACGAACCUAUAGAUGUCAAUAUACUUCAAGAAAAAUAUAUUUAUACAUCUUAUAAGACUGUAGAAGCUCUUAAAGUAUCAUUUUUAUGCAUUUUUAUGGAGACCCAAAGUGAGGCCUAA